AUGAGAGAGCUUGAGCGCUUCAAGACUAGCAUGAACCAUCCCUGGCCGCCGAUUGGAGCUCCGAUGAAUCUCCGGCGAGAAGAGCCGUGGAAAUCUCGAUUCGACGACUCAGUUAACGCUGUCUCCUUUGGGUUCGUAGCUACAGCCAUUCUCAUCUCAAUGUUCCUCGUCAUGGCUAUCUUCGAGAAACUGAUUCGAACAACCACCUCAACUACUAACCCAGAUUCCUCUUCCGGUCGGGUCCUUCCGGGUAUGGAUUCUCGGGUCGGGUUGCAUGGCGCUGCAGCUAAGCUCGGUUAUCAAUCUCCCAAGAUGACAGUUUACGCAAACGGUGUAUCGGUGUUGAUGCCAGGAGACGAUAUCCCUACUUUCAUAGCUCAUCCAGCGCCUGUGCCUCGUCCUCCUCCUCAGCAAAUCUCACAGUCUCAGCAUCAACAUAGCCCAUCAAGAGAUUCCUCCAGCUCCAACUCCAUUCAAGAAUGUUGA